GGUGGGAGGACGUAGUAGCAGUCAGUGUUCUGAUGCAUGCUGGGAAUUGUAGUUUUUAGACUCAUUUCCUGUCCAUGGCUUCUUGCAGCAAGUCCCCACAUGUGGAGCAAACAGUGGAGCAUGCCAACAACACAAGACCGAAGCUGAGUAAAGAGGAGAAAAAGCUGAUUAAAAAGCAAGUAAAGGCCAGCAAUAUUCUGAUGAGACAUGAAGGAAUCCAGACGGUGUCGCACCCAUCAAAGAGCCUGGUAGUUGCCAAUGGAGGCCUGGGGAACGGAGUCAGCAGACAGCAGCUGCUCAACGUCCUGCAGAGAUGCGGAUUGGUGGAUUCGCUUCUAAUGCCCCCAAACAAGCCUUAUUCAUUUGUCACCUAUUCCUCCACGGAGGAGGCCAUCCAGGCCUGCGCUUCACUCAGCGGUCAGGACCUCCCGUCUGCUGACUCGGAACAGAAAAUAACUCUCUACUUCAGCUUUGUGGAGAAAGUAGAAGUCAGAGAGAUUUUACCUCCGCCGCUGCCCCCUGGCUUGGUGAUUGUAGAAGACUUUGUUUCUCCUGAUGAAGAACUUGUGAUGUUAGAAAAUAUCCUCUGGGAGGUUGAUAACUCCAACCAGAAGUCACUAAAGCACAGGCGGGUGAAGCAUUAUGGCUAUGAGUUCCGAUACGAUAACAAUAACGUAGAUAAGGAUCAGCCUUUGCCUGGAGGUCUUCCAGAGUUCUGUAAUUCGGUACUGGACAGAUGCUUGCUACAAGGACUCAUAAAGAAUAGACCUGACCAAUUAACAAUAAACCAGUAUGAGCCAGGACAAGGCAUCCCGCCGCACAUUGAUACUCAUUCAGCAUUUGAAGAUGAAAUUAUCUCAUUGAGCUUGGGAGCCGAGAUUGUCAUGGACUUCAAGCCUCCAAGUGGCUCUAGUGUGCCGGUUAUGCUGCCGCGGCGCAGUUUGCUGGUGAUGAGCGGAGAGUCUAGACAUCUGUGGACACAUGGCAUCACACCGAGAAAGUUUGAUGUUGUUCAGAUGACGGAAGGGCAGAAAUUUGGAACAGUCAGCAGGAACUCAGAGGAGUUGACCUUAAACAAAAGGGGAACGAGGACAUCUUUUACAUUCAGGAAAAUAAGACGAGGCUUAUGUAAAUGUGCUUUUCCAUCAGUCUGUGACAGCCAACAGAAAGACUCCUCUCCUCCCCCGGUGGGUGACCUGGGUGCUGAAUCGCUGGAGAAAGAAUAUGUGCACAAGGUGUAUGAAGAUAUCGCUGGACAUUUCAGCAGCACAAGACACACUCCAUGGCCCAAGAUUACAGACUUUCUUAUGGGUUUACCUAUAGGUUCUCUUGUGGCCGAUGUGGGAUGCGGUAACGGAAAAUAUCUAGGCGUUAAUAAGGAAUUGUACAUGAUUGGUUGUGACCGCAGUAAAAACCUUGUGGACAUUUGUGGAAAGAAGAAGUUUGAGGCAUCAAUAUGUGAUGCUAUGUCAUUACCUUUCAGAAGCGGCUCAUUUGAUGCCUGUAUUUCCAUAGCAGUGAUCCACCAUUUUGCCACAGAGGAAAGAAGAUUGGCAGCUAUACUGGAGAUAACGCGUCUGCUUAAAACUGGAGGGAGAGCUCUUAUUUAUGUCUGGGCUAUGGAGCAGGAGUACAAAAAGCAGAAAUCAAAGUAUCUUAAGGGAAGCAAGAGCUCUACCAAGCAGGCAUCACUUACAGACGUUCCUGUUACUCCGGAUUCUACAGACAGUUUACCCAUUCACACUAACAGAACUGCCUUCGAUUCUCAGGACCUUCUCGUUCCAUGGCAUCUGAAAGCAAAGAGUCAAGCUGGAAAAUCCGAUGCCUCAACAACCUCGGAGGAAGAACAGCAGCUGGCUUCCCGCUCAGUGUAUCACCGAUAUUAUCAUGUGUUCUGUGAAGGGGAGCUGGAAGCACUGUGUGGAAAACUAAGUGAUGUCACAGUCCAGAGCGCCUACCACGACCAGGGAAAUUGGUGCGUGGUUUUAGGAAAGUUCUGAAACGUCUGAUGUAGGGAACCAGUCUCUCUCCAGCUGUUGCAGAAUUACCAGUUCCAGCACACCAGCCAGCCUGCAUCAGAGCUAUAGGAGAACGUCUGACUGAUUUAGCUAUUUCAUUUUUACAUGUUAAGGAUUUAUUAAAGAGAUGCUUGACAGGGUUUGGGUUUCUUAUCUUGUGCAAUCAUUUGUAGAAAGUGUAUUACUUUCUGCACACUAGGUGGCGUAAUCACACUAAAAAUCAUUUCCAGAUGCCAGAAUAACAUUUUAGGAUCCUCUCUAUGGAGUGCAGAGAUAGACAACAUUUAUAUUAC